CUUUGUGCCGUCGACGCCAUGCUCGCAAAGACCCUCGCCGCCCGCCGCUCGUUCUCGACGGCGAAGAAGAUUGCUGUUGCCAACCCGGUCGUGGACUUGGACGGUGACGAAAUGACGCGGGUGAUCUGGGACCAAAUCAAAGCCAAGUUCGUGCACCCCAACUUGGACUUGAAGAUCGAGUACUUUGAUUUGGGCCUGCCGCACCGUGACAAGACGAACGAUCAAGUCACGAUCGACGCCGCGCACGCGAUCAAGGAAUUCAACGUCGGCAUCAAGUGCGCGACGAUUACUCCCGACGAAGAACGUGUCAAGGAAUUCAAGCUCAAGCAAAUGUGGAAGUCUCCUAACGGCACGAUUCGCAACAUUUUGAACGGCACAGUGUUCCGUGAACCCAUCGUGAUCUCGAAUGUCCCGCGCUUGGUCCCUGGGUGGAAGAAGCCGAUUGUCGUCGGUCGCCAUGCGUUUGGCGACCAAUACAAGUGCACGGACUUCGUCGCCCCUGGCCCUGGCAAGUUCAACAUGACGUUCACCCCCGCCGACGGUGGCAAGCCCCAAUCGUGGGAAGUGUACGACUACAAGGGUGCCGGUGUCGGCUUGGCCAUGUACAACACGGACGAAUCCAUCUACGCGUUUGCUCACUCGUGCUUGUCGUUUGCAUUGACCAAGAACCAAGACUUGUACUUGAGUACCAAGAACACGAUCCUCAAAAAGUACGACGGUCGUUUCAAGGACAUCUUUGAAGAAGUGUACCAAAAUGAAUACAAGUCCAAGUACGACGCCGCCGGCAUCUCGUACACGCAUCGUCUCAUUGACGACAUGGUCGCGCAAGCGCUCAAGUCGGACGGUGGGUUCGUCUGGGCCUGCAAGAACUACGACGGCGAUGUCCAAUCCGACAUUGUUGCCCAAGGAUAUGGCUCGCUCGGCCUCAUGACGUCCGUGUUGUUGGCCCCGGAUGGCAAGACGGUCGAAGCUGAAGCAGCCCACGGCACCGUUACACGCCACUGGCGCGAGUACCAAAAGGGCAAGGCGACGUCGACUAACCCGAUCGCCUCCAUGUACGCUUGGACCCGUGGGUUGGCCCACCGUGGCAAGUUGGAUGGCAACCAAGAGCUCGUCCAAUUCACCCACGACUGGGAAGCUGCCGUCAUCGAAACGGUCGAAGCCGGUCACAUGACCAAGGACUUGGCCAUCUGCGUCCAUGGCACGUCCAAUGUCACGCCCGACCAAUACUUGACCACUGAACCCUUCAUGGACGAAGUCGUCAAGAAGUUGAAUGCCAAGCGCAGCAAGCACUAAAUAAAUCCACGCCAGUCUGUGCAAGUGCAUGCAUGCUUUCCACUACGAUGGCGCUCGGUCUUUACAUUUCAGCCAAUGAAAUUACAUCGUGACGGCUGCAUGUGGUCAUUAGCCAAUGGCCUGACGGGAAAUUGUCGUCGGGUCGUAACAUCUAGCCAAUGGAAUUUUGAACCUCACGGUGAUGG